AAGAAGGACAUAAAGUAGUAUACAACAAAUAGCAAUAAAUAAAUAUCUUACUACAACUCUUGUUUUGGUCUUUGCUUGGUCAUCGUUGUUAUUCUUGUUUAUUGCAUAUCAUAGAAAAUCCAAGCACGUUAUUCUUGACUUCAAUUUUUUUUUUUUUUUCUUUCUUCAACUCUGUUCAUAACUGAAACUCUGAUCCAUUUCAAUUUUCCAACUCCGUACUUUACCAAAUCCACUUCUUUCUUUCUUUCUCUCUCUCGCGUCUCAAUUUUCACUACUACGCAAUCAAAUUCUACUGUUUCAGUACAACCAAAAAUGCUCUCUUCCUUUUGAUUUUCAUUCUCCAGAUUCAAUUACACCAUGACAAUAUCUAUUGGUUUGGAAUACAAUAUUAAUGAUUUGUAUCAAGAAGCUCAAAGGAGAUGGUUGAAGCCUGCAGAAGUCAUGUACAUUUUACAGAAUCAUGAACAGUAUCAGUUCACUCAAGAGCCCCCGCAACAGCCCACAAGUGGUUCCCUGUUUCUGUUUAACAGAAGAGUACUGCGUUUCUUCCGUAGAGAUGGUCAUGCCUGGCGGAAGAAAAGAGAUGGAAGAGCUGUAGGAGAAGCCCACGAACGGCUGAAGGUUGGAAAUGUUGAAGCCAUAAAUUGUUACUAUGCACAUGGAGAACAGAACCCUACUUUCCAGAGGCGGAGCUAUUGGAUGUUGGACCCGGCAUUUGACCAUAUUGUUCUCGUGCAUUACAGAGACACAAGUGAGGGAAGGCUCAGUUCUGGACCUGGUACACAACUGUCACCGGGUUCUUCUUCUGCAUACAGUCAGAGUCCUAGCUCAUAUAGUAAUCAUAACCCGGGGUCAACGUCCAUUAUUGAUGAUUCAUAUGAACCUAAUCAGAGUUUCUAUAGUCCUGUAUCUGCUGAAGUUACCUCUGCUAACAGUGGAAUGAGUCACUCGGAAGGAACAGAAGCAGAAUCUGGAACCUCAGCUGACCUUAAGAUUACUCAAGUUUUGCGCCGAUUGGAGGUUCAGUUAAGUUUGAAUGAGGACAACUUCGAAGAAAUUGCUCCCUUCCGCAAUGAGCAUGAAGUUACCCAUGAUUCAAUAGCACAAAACCAUCAAGCGGUGAUCUGCAAGCAAGAGGAGUCUGCUGCUCUGUCUGGACCGGAUGAUCAAGGGCUAUUAUAUGAUGGAUAUAACGGAAGGCAAGGUGAUAAUGGUGAAAGUUAUCGUGAAUUACUAGACCAUGAUUUCCCUGAUGGAAAUGAAAAGGCUUUAUCUUGGAAAAAUGUAUACAUUCCAGCUGGAAAUCAGGAGAGUUCACCAUCUUCUUCAAUAAGGGAACCAGUUACCAACCUGGAAGACGAUUGCUGGGCAAAUUUCAACACAAAUAAUGCUGGAAACUCUGUUUUCUCACUACCUCAAGCUGUUGGUGGAGUCACACUUCCUCCAUAUUCUUCUAUGGUAGAAACACAAGAAGCUAGUUCUGGCUACUAUGCGACAUUGUUUAACCCAAGCCAAAUCGGAGCAUCUCAUGAUGCAGGUUCAAGCUUAACUGUUUCACAAAAACAAAAAUUUACCAUAAAGGCAGUCUCACCGGGAUGGGGUUAUGCCUCUGAGACUACAAAGGUUUACAUUAUUGGGUCUUUUCUCUGUCAUCCUUCCAAUUCUGCUUGGGCCUGUAUGCUUGGUGAUGUUGAAGUUCCUGUGGAGAUAAUUCAGGAUGGUGUAAUGUGUUGUGAAGUUCCAUCUCAUAUUCCUGGAAAGGUUACUCUGUGCAUUACAUCUGGAAACCGGGAGUCGUGCAGUGAAGUAAGAGAAUUUGAGUAUCGUGAUAAGACUGAGAGUUACACCCACUAUACUCCAUCUGAAACUGAAGCCAGCAGAACUCCAGAAGAGCUGUUAUUACUUGUUAGAUUUGGGCAAAUGCUCCUUUCUGCGUCAUCUGUAAGUAAUGAUAACAACGAAUCGGGAAUUUUCAUAAAACAGAAAGCUGAUGAUAAUUCAUGGAGCCAUAUUAUAGAGGCUCUUCUAUUUGGCAGUGGAACUUCUUCUGGUACUAUCAAUUGGCUUCUUGAAGAGCUUCUAAAGGAUAAGCUACAGGUGUGGCUUACAUACAGAUCCCGCGAAAUAGAUGAAGAGACGGGCUGUUCUUUGUCCAAGAAAGAGCAAGGGAUUAUUCACAUGGUUGCUGGGUUGGGUUUUGAGUGGGCCUUGAACCCUAUUCUCAGUUGUGGUGUGAAUAUUAAUUUCCGUGACAUCAACGGGUGGACUGCCCUUCAUUGGGCUGCACGUUUUGGAAGAGAAAAAAUGGUUGCGUCGCUUAUAGCUUCUGGUGCAUCUGCUGGAGCUGUGACAGAUCCAAGUGCACAAGAUCCAACUGGUAAAACUGCAGCAUCAAUUGCAUCUAGCAGUGGGCAUAAGGGACUGGCAGGGUAUCUUUCAGAGGUAGCUCUAACAAGCCAUCUGUCAUCGCUUACACUGAAAGAGAGUGAGCUGUCUAAAAGUUCUGCGGAGCUUCAAGCAGAUUUAACUGUUAGUAAUGUCUCCAAGGAAAAUAUUGCUUUCAGUGAGGAUCGGGCCUCACUUAAAGAUUCUUUAGCUGCUGUCAGAAAUACAACUCAGGCAGCUGCACGGAUACAAGCUGCUUUUCGUUCACAUUCAUUUAGAAAACGGAGAGCAAAAGAAACAAAUGCGGUUAUGAGUGGACAUGAUAUCAGUGCAAGUAGCUUUGGUGACAUGCCAGAGCUUUAUGCUAUGUCAAAACUUGCCUUUCGGAACUCGCGUGAAAGUAAUUCAGCUGCGUUAUCAAUUCAGAAGAAAUAUCGAGGUUGGAAAGGUCGCAAAGAUUUUCUAUCAUUGCGCCAAAAAGUAGUGAAGAUACAGGCUCAUGUGAGGGGUUACCAAGUUAGGAAGCAUUACAAAGUAUUAUGGGCAGUUGGAAUCUUGGACAAGGUUGUGCUAAGAUGGCGUAGAAAAGGAGUUGGUUUACGAGGUUUCAAACCAGAGGUGGCGGUUAAUGAAAACGAAGAUGAAGAUGAAGAUGAAGAUAUUCUCAAGGUGUUCCGAAAACAGAAAGUGGAUGGCGAAAUUGACAAGGCUGUCUCAAGGGUGCUGUCCAUGGUCAAAUCUCCUGAUGCUCGUGAGCAAUAUCAUCGCAUGCUUGAGAAGUAUCGUCAAGCCAAGGCCGAACUUGCACAAACGAGUGAAGAAAAAUCGUUAACAACUUCUAUAGAAGAUUACUUGAACAUGGAUGAUGAUGAUUUUUAUUAAUAUCCCUAGGGAGCAAUGCUAGCCUUACUAAUUUCAACUCUAUCGAAUUAUCAGUUUCUGACGUCAACAUUUUGUUGGUCUGUGUAUUUGUAUCUAAUGCUUAGAACAAGUUGACAUGUUAGGUGUUGAAACAGUAGAUUGUAUGUAUAUUAGUGAUAAUGAAAAUUAAUUGUUGCAUUCGUGUGUAA